CCCUGCCCCUGUCCACGUUCACCUAUCUCUGCUAACAUGGCUUUUGCUGGAACAUACCAACUGGAGUCUCAGGAGAACUUUGAGCCCUUUAUGAAGGCAAUUGGUCUCCCUGACGAUCUCAUCCAGAAAGGCAAAGACAUCAAAAGCACUUCUCAAAUUGAGGUGAAUGGCGACCAUUUUAAAGUAACCGUCACUACAGGAACCAAAGUCAUGGUAAACUCCUUCACACUCGGGCAGGAGAGCGACAUUGAAACCAUCACUGGAGAAAAAGUCAAAGCAGUGGUGAAGCGUGAAGGAAACAAGCUCAUAACCUCCUUGAAGGGAAUCGAAUCUGUCACAGAACUGGUGGACGCGAACACGAUUGUCAAUACUAUGACAGUUGGUGGUAUCCAGUACAAGAGGAUAAGCAAACGUAUUUAAACACUUGGAAAAUAAAAAAGUAAAAAUUUGGAGAUUUGUGUACUUUCUUUGCAC